UUCAGCCUGAAGAGACUCCCCUGCAGUGAUUGUAAUCUAUGCAUUCUAUCCCAUUUCUAAACAGUUAUCUGCUGGAAAAUCCAUGAGUGCAAGCCCUUGACAAGUGAAAAUGGCACUAUUAAUGCUUAAAAAGUGCUGUUGAAAGCAAGAAAUGUAAUAACUGUAUGUAGUCACAUAUUCAUAACAAAUGACAAGCCUUGCUGCAAAAUAUUUUGUUUCUUUGUGGUAGACAUGGGCCUGUAUAACGUGAAAAUAUUUCAGUCCAUUUUUAUUCCAAAUUGGCCAUUAGCCCUCCCUGAUAGGUCAAGAUGGCUUGGGCUCUGUCUAUAUAGGCAUGGCGCUCGGCCACAUGUGCUGUACCCGAACCAUUCUGAUCUAUCAAGGAGAGCUAAUGGCAGAUUUGGAAUAAAGACAAGAUCAGAAUAGUUUUACGCUACACUGACCAUGCAUUGACAAAUACCAGGGUCACUCAGAGUUCAAAUUACCAGCCCCUUUAAAAAAGGCAAUAGUGUUACACAACCGGCAUCAAACACAACCUUCUAGUUUUGGUACCAUAUAAGUAUUGCAUGCUAUUGCACCAUAGAACGCCAUUGGGGUGGCAGAAACAAAGUGGUGCCAGCACUCUGGAAUGUCUACGCUUGUGUUGUGAAUUUGUCAAUUUUCCACAUUUGAAAAGAAAAAAUAUCAAAGGGAUUCAUGCCAAGCUUCUGGCGCUGUAUAAAGAUAAUGACCUCUCUUAUGGCACUGCGGUCAGAUGGUCCAGAUGCCUUCAAUGUGGCUAGACUGGCCAGGUCUGUAAGACAAAGAGCAGAGCCACAAACAAUACAGAGAAAAUAGGGGCCCUCAUGCCCAUAGGCAGCUGUUUCAAGAGAUAGAUAAACAGGUUAGUGCAAGUCUGGGGUCAGUGUACAGCAUUCCUCGUAACAUCGUGCUCGUGUCCAAGGUCUUGGUGCACCAGGCUACAUGGUCGCAGACUCCCAUGCAAAAAGACAUCCGGAAGAAGUCACCAUGGUAAUGUUGCAGCUGUAUUUGAGAGAUCCUUUCUCACACACCUCAUCACAAUAAACAAAUGUCUAGUAAAGUGUUUGGUGCUCAGAUGAGGACCCACUUUCAGAGCAGAUGCUGGGAGCCUGGCAAAAGAGCGUGAAUGUGCUGUGUAACAGGAGCACUCCUAACGUAUUUUGUUCAUGUCACCUUAACCGUAGACUUUAGUACUGUUUUCCAUGGCUCACCUUCCUUUCUUAUUCCUGUCCCCCAUCCCUCUAGGCUGGCUCCUUAGCCUGACCCCUCUACCUUUUCUUCAUUUUCUCAUCACAAUGGACAAAUAUUAUAUAUAUAUUAGGAUAAGAGUUAAUGGAGAAUACCUUAGUAACUUGCGAUUCGCUGAUGAUAUUGCCUUGCUUAGUAACUCAGGGGACCUAUUGCAAUGCAUGCUCACUGACCUGGAGAGGCAAAGCAGAAGAGUGGGUCUAAAAAUUAAUCUGCAGAAAACUAAAGUAAUGUUUAACAGUCUUGGAAGAGAACAGCAAUUUACAAUAGGUAGCGAGGCACCGGAAAUGGUAAGGGAAUACAUCUACUCAAAGCAGGUAGUGACCGCGGAUCCAGAUCAUGAGACGGAAAUAAUCAGAAGAAUAAGAAUGGGCGGGGGUGCGUUUGGCAGGCAUUCUCAGAUCAUGAACAGCAGGUUGUCAUUAUCUCUCAAGAGAAAAGUGUAUAACAGCUGUGUCUUACCACUACUCACGUACGGGGCAGAAACCUGGAGGCUUACGAAAAGGGUUCUAUUUAAAUUGAGGACGACGCAACGAGCUAUGGAAAGAAGAAUGAUGGAUGUAACGUUAAGAGAUAAGAAAAAGAGCAGAUUGGGUGAAGGAAGAAACGCAAGUUAAUUACAUCUUAGUUGAAAUCAAGAAACAGAAAUGGGCAUGGGCAGGACAUGUAAUGAGGAGGGAAGAUAACCGAUGGUCAUUAAUGGUUACGGAUUAGAUUCCAAGGGAAGGGAAGCAUAGCAGGGGGCGGCAGAAAGUUAGGUGGGUGGAUGAGAUUAAGAAGUUUGCAGGGACGGCAUGGCCACAAUUAGUACAUGACCGGGGUAGUUGGAGAAGUAUGGGAGAGGCCUUUGCCCUGCAGUGGGCAUAACCAGGCUGAUGAUGAUGACGAUUACAGAGACCAUGGGCACGAUUGGAGAUGAUUGUUCGGAGCACACGCUCGGUAGCGCCGCGAGCAAUUGGCCCAGGCUGCACCGACUUCGUCAGCCGCGUGCUCCGAACAAUGUUCGGAGCACACGCUCGGUAGCGCCGCGAGCAAUUGGCCCAGGCUGCACCGACUUCGUCAGCCGCGUGCUCCGAACAAUGAUCACCGAUCGCGCCCCAUAUUACCAAGCAAACAAUGGCAGCAUGUGAACUUACAAAUGCAAAAGAAUGCCAGAACCAUGCUUUCAUCAGGAAUGGUCAACUUAAGCAUUUCCUGGAAGCAUGGUCAUGUUCUAUAUACAGAUCGUGCCAGGAAAGGCUGAAAUGGCAUAGCAGAUUUUAACCUGAGCAUCAGCUGAAGCUACAACAAGCAUUUAAAGCGGCCUACUGAAGGCCAAGUCACUCUGCACAAGUGACAUAGCACACGCUGUUUCAAAUUGACGAUGAAACUUUGUCCCAUCUACCAGAGUGCCUCAUCCUUGUAUUCAGCUGCUUCUUUCUAUUGCCUCCCACAUUGAGCAGGCUGUUUGGACAGCAUGUUAAAAGUGAUGCAGUUAUUGGUGAAGUGCGCUGAUUAAUCAGAAGCUUUACAAUUGUUGCCAGCAGCUGCUCUGUCAGUGACAAAAGGCAAAAUCGCUUGGCUAUAGCUGGUGGUUGCAUAGGAAAUUAGUGAAUGUGGCCCUAAAAUUCACUUCCAAGUGAUAAUUAAACCUUGAGACUGACAGUUUUCAUUUUAGUGUACUGAUGCAGCAAACAACAAGCUGUUAAUGUACAGGACCUUAGCGCUGUGGUUGUAUCUCUUGCAAGUGCCUGUAAGCUUGUAAACAUGGUGGGUUCAACCUGAUGACCUCUGUGAAUAGCAUGUGUUUAUGAUGAUGAAGCUUGUUUAACUGCAGUUGCCACAGCUUUUUGCCUCCCAUCUCAUGUAGGUGAAGUAGCAACAAAGUGGUUUAUCUAAGCUUUCUUUCUCCUUUUAUUUUCUGAGUAUAUGCCAGUCAAAGAGCAAAUUUCUUUAAUAUUUUUUAUUUAUACAUAUAUUUUUAACAGCAAAACACAGGGUAAAUUAAAACAACAGUCACAGGCAUGCUGUUCUGCCAUUAUUCCAGUUAAUGGAUGAAAUUACAUUGUAUAAGGCAGUCUGGAGGUAAUGAAUAUUGCAUCCAACCAGAAAGAGAGGGGCAAAAAUUAUACAGUGAGGCUGCCGUAAAAUUACUGCAAGAACAACCGUGAAUAUGGACACAUGUGUCUGUAAUGAAUAAUUCACACUAGAUGCAAAUGCAUCGCACGCGUCCGUUUAAUUGGGCGCGGCCAAAUUUGCCAAAGAAUUAAAGCUGCAAGACUACAGACAGCAGCUAGGAUAAAAAAUCAACACUUCGUGCCUUCCAUUAACUCGCUAAGAAGAAAAAAAGUGUUGGAGGGCGCGACGAGGACGGCGCGACAAGGCCCUCUCGAGUUGUGCUUCAUCACCGGUCCCAGAGAUGCGAACACCGUCGCGCGUCGACUCCAAGAGCGUGCGAUGCAUGAAACCCGGCGCGCUCAUGCCGCCCUGCUGGAGGUCGUUAAAAACGCCUGUUCGACCGAAGCAACUUUUGCAAUCGAGGUCAACCAGCAGGAAGGCGCGUGACGAGUCCCGCCAGGCGGUCGUCAUGCUGGUCGUGCUCGUGGCCGCCCUCCUGGGGCCAACCGCCGCGUCUGCCCACUCCGAGCUGCCCUGGUCGCGAGUGGCGCCCGGUGUUUCCACAGAAGCGUGCGACUCGGCGCCCGGCUCGGGCGACCGGCUCUACUGGCUCCGCAACGGCCAGCGGCUGCCGCCACCCACGCCCGACCGGUUCUGGGAGCCCGGCGCCUACCUGUGUGUGCGGGAAGGGAACCUCACGGCCAGCUUGCAGCGGGCCCUGCUCGUGACAGAAGAGGACGACCGCGGUCUCUGCACCGCGGGCCCUCCCACCCACGAAAACCGAAGUCGCCGCCGUCGCGUGGCAGACGGCGUCCGCGCGCGCCACGCACCUUGGGUGGCGCAGCUGCUGCUGUCCGGACGCUUCGUGUGCGGCUGUAGCCUGAUCGCCCAGCGGUGGGCCCUCACGGCCGCCCACUGCCUGCCAGAACGGGCCGACACCCAGUUGGCCGUGUUGCUGGGAGCGACGCGCCAGAGCGGCCCGCGGAUCGGCGUGCUGCGCGCCGUGCCGCAUCCGGACUACGUGCGCGGGACCCCGUCGCGGGAGCACGACGUCGCCCUGCUGCUGCUGGAACGGCGUGCCGAGCGGCUGACCGUGGCCUGCUUGCCACCGACCGACGCCUACCUCGAGCGCUUCUCGCACGGCAUCCUUUUCGGCUGGGGCCGCGUCGGACCCCGCGGUGGCCCCGCGCUUAAGCUGCAGGAGGCAUUACUGCCCAUCACCAGCCGCGAGCGCUGCGAGGCGGCCGUGGAGCACGUGGCGCCCACGGCGUUUUGCGCCGGAUUUGGCGAGGCCUACCGCGCCGACGCCUGCGAAGGGGACAGCGGGGGGCCCCUGGUCGGAUUCGUGGACGGGCGACCCGUACUCUUGGGCGUCGUUAGCUGGGGGCACGCAUGUGCGAGGCCCUUCACUUUCGGCGUGUACACGCGCGUGGACAGUUACUUGGCAUGGAUCCGUGGUCACGUCACGAGCGCCUCAGUAGCCUGACCAUUUCGCGGCUUUUGUACCGAAAUAAAGACGCUGUUCCGGCCUGAUAUAGUUGUGCACGUCGCAUUAAAAAGAAGUAGGAACGUACAGAGCGCCAGUGAAAGAAUUAGAGAGAUUGUGCAUUGUGUACGUUUGGAAUUUGACCAUCAAAAAUAAUUAAGUGUUAUUGUUGCCCCUCCACGUGGACGACGUCGUACAUGUGAUGAAACACAUAUGUCUGCUUGGUGUGGACGUCAUUCGCUCACUGUUUCGGUUCUCUAGGGGUUACAACUGAGGAAGUGAUGUUUCUUAUGUUUUCGUAACGAACGUUAAGAUUUGGUCUACUUUUGUGUAGCAGGCGACAUUGUGUAGGAUUGUAUACAUAAAUGUAGCUUGACAUCAUUACUCUUUACGGCCUUUGGGACUUAUCUCGUCACCAAACAAUAAUCGUCAUCCAUCUUGCUUCUCCUUCCUUUAGCACACUGAGCUAGGGUGGCUAGCCACACUAACUGAGCUCGCCACUUUCCUGUCGGCAUAGGUAGGGUGGCUACCUAUGCCGACAGGAAAGUGGCGAGCUCAGUGGCGAGCUGCUAUGCCCUAGCAGGCUCAUGGGGUGCCAGUGUUGCCAUGGUGCCCAAUGGCCUGCUUUGGAAAGGUGUUCAAAUAAAGGCGAGGUCGUUAGCGCCAUAUCCCAUGAGCGACAUCAGUGGUUGCGUCUGCAUUUCUUUUCUUUGAGCAGGGCAUUGCACUGCGUACCAGCUUCGAUCAUUGGUCAAAAGAAGCUUGCAGGCUUUUUGAUUUAAAUAAAGGGACAUGAUGUGUAAGCGCG